AAUUUAAUAUGAGAGUAAAAUAAAACAUAUUUUGUUACAAAAUGCCUUGUGGAUAUGCGUUCAUUGUUGCGUGAGUCAUCUUAACAGCAGCGGAGUCACGUCCCUCACGUAGCGGCUGAUUGAAUCGGAAGUGAUCUGUGUGUGAACGUGUCUUUACAGUGACGUGCAGUUAGUUCACUUGAAUUACGUCCUAGUACUCUACAGAAACACCUUAACGAGCGAGGAGCUGCGUGAAGACAAGGGAAAGCUCUCACUGAACAGACCCGUUUAUGCCGAAUUAACUUCACUAACAAACAACAAUGAAAUCCUUCUUCAUUCUGUUGGCGCUUUUACUCUCCAGCGUCCACGUGACGAGAGCAGGAUCCGCUGCGCACAGGUGCUUCUGCCAGGUCACUGGGACUCUUGAUGAUUGUGCCUGUGAUGUUGAGACCAUCGACAGGUUCAACAACAAAGAAAUCUUUCCCAAACUACAAAAACUACUAGCAACUGAUUAUUUCCGGUUUUAUAAGGUCAAUCUGAACAACCCCUGCCCGUUUUGGACAGACCACAGUCAGUGUGGACUCAAAUACUGUGCUGUGAAACCGUGCACAGACGGUGAAGUACCAGAAGGCCUUAAAUCCAGCAGUUAUAAGUAUUCAGAAGCAGCCAGUCAGGAUAUAGAGGAGUGUGAGAAGGCAGAGAAACUCGGAGCUGUAAAUGGUUCUCUAAGUGAUGAGACACGUCAGGCUCUUCAGGAGUGGAAGAAACACGAUGAUGAAUCGGACCGUUUCUGCAUGUUGGACGAUGAGGACUCACCUAAAUCACAGUAUGUUGACCUCCUGCUCAACCCUGAGCGUUUCACCGGCUAUAAAGGACCAGAGGCCUGGCGGAUCUGGAACAGCAUAUAUGAGGAGAACUGCUUCAAACCGUAUUCAGUUAAACGACCACUGAAUCCUUUGGCAUCUUACAGCGGAGAUGAUGGGCAAGGCUUCUACCGCUGGCUAGAAGGCUUGUGUGUGGAGAAGCGAGCGUUCUUCAGGCUGAUUUCAGGACUGCAUGCCAGUAUAAACACACACCUGAGCGCCAGGUACCUACUAGACGAAAACUGGUUUGAAAUGAAGUGGGGUCACAACGUCUCAGAGUUCCAGUUGAGAUUUGACGAGGAGCUGACAAAAGGGGAGGGGCCAAAGAGAUUACGCAACCUCUACUUCCUGUACCUCAUUGAGCUGCGUGCUCUGGCAAAAAUACUGCCUUAUUUUGAACGUCCUACCUUUCAUCUGUACACUGGCCAACGCACUCAAGACAACGAGAACAAGAAACUGCUUCUAGAGCUCCUCCAUGUGGCCAAAUCCUUUCCAUUACAUUUUGAUGAGACUGCUCUGUUUGCUGGAAAUAACAAGGAAGCUAUGAAACUGAAAGAAGACUUCAAGCUGACUUUUAAGAACAUCUCGCGCAUCAUGGACUGUGUUGAGUGUUUUAAAUGCAGACUUUGGGGCAAAUUGCAGACUCAGGGCUUGGGAACUGCACUGAAAAUCCUGUUCUCAGAAAGGCAGAUAGAGGCAAUGCCCAACACAAGCAACACCAAUCCAUCAUUUCAGCUCAGCCGGCAGGAAAUAGUGUCUUUGUUCAAUGCUUUUGGAAGGAUCUCCACAAGUGUCAGAGAGCUGGAGAACUUUCGGUCGCUGUUGUCAAAUCUUAAACAGUGACAGUAAAAAUCCCUCAUUCAGCCACAGUCAAGAAUCUGACAUGCAUAACACAACCGGACGGAUUUGUUUUGGAUUGUUGUUAAAUUACUGUUUUCAGAAUGUUUUAUCCUUUAAGAAUUGAGCACCUUAAUCACAAAUCUGUAUGUUAGGGCUAUAUUUUGCACUAUUACAUAAAUGUAUUUCACGUUAAAUGUAAAAAACAAAAAAACUGAAUAAAUCACAGAAAAAUAAAACACUAGCUUCUCGGGAAUUAAAUGAUACAUAAAUAUACUUCAAAUGGUUUACAAGAGGGACAUAAACCACUUGAUUUGUGUAUUUUGCAUAUAUAAAGCCAGGUUUUCAUUUCAUUAUAGGUGUAAUCUAUUUUGAAAAAUGAGUUAAAUUAAGUGUUUUUGAAUAUGUGCCUCAGCACUUAGAUUUUUUGAGUAUAUUGACUAUUACGUAAAAAAAAGAGGGGGGGGGGGUAGGUAUUGUUUUCAAUAUAUUAUUUAAUAUUGUGAAUGUACUUUUUUCAGUAAGAAAAGUGUUUUCAAAAAGUGAUCCUUUUUUUUUCUUCUUUCAUUAUAAUGUCCUGUAUUUUUUUCCCUAUAAACAUUCCAGAUGUUUGUAUUGAGUUGCAAAUACACUUUGCAUUCAUUUUGCGACAAAUGUUAAAGUAUGUUUUUCACAUUCCUUACAUUUUUAUGCAUUUGUUCAUUUAACAUUUCAGUGCAUUUGGUGUAUACAUUUAAUCAGCAAAUGCGUUCCUUAAAUCUGUAGAAACACUGGAGUAAAAAAAAAAAAAUAAUUUUUAUAUUUUUA